AUGGAGACCUACCACGGACACGUUCGCACGCCAAACGAUGCCAUUAUCUUGUUUGAGGCCUGCCGCAUCGGUAUACUACCGCGAGUGCAGCGCCGCCUAUCUGAGAAGGAACGCCAGCAAAUCAAGUCAGGCUCGGUAUUUGUAUGGGACGAGCGCGAGGCUGGUAUGAGGCGGUGGACUGACGGAAAGUCAUGGAGUGCGAGUCGCGUGUCAGGCAGCUUCCUCACAUACCGAGAGAUGGAAGGCAAACGAGGAGGCAGCGCAGUACCCACAGCCCCAGUAGCGAAGAGAGCGAGCGGGAAAUCACCAGACGGCUCAGGUUCUGGCGACUCGGAAGGUGAGGGUCCAGACGGCUAUCGGUACAAGCCCGAUGGUCUCAUGAAGCAGUCCUUCAGCAUCACCACCCAGAGCGGACAACACCUGCACCUCAUCAGCUACUACUCGCGAUCAAAUUCCAACAACCUCCCACAACCCACCAACGAUGCGCAACUGCGACACAUCCGCCCACCCAAGAACAUGUACCCGGAGUCGGCAGUCAACGAAACCCAGACCGUGCCUGCUGUAACUCGUGGGCCCAUGCCUGGCUCACCAUACAGCGCACCCGGACAUAGCAUGCCACCUUCAUCGCCAUACACUCGUGGUGGUCCUGUCGCCCCAAUGUACGCGGUCCCAGUAUAUCCUCCGACGCCACCAAAUGGCACGCCUCCGCUAUACUAUUCCCAGCAUCCGUACUUCUACCCUGGUGUCAUCUACGCGCAGCCCCAAUAUCAUCCGCAACACGUCUUCGACCGCCCACCGCCACCAAUGGCCCAUCCUCACGCCCCCCAAGGUCACCACCCCAUGCUAAUGCAGCACCCCGCCUACGCAGCGCAUGCUGCACACACUGCUCAGCAAUACAUGGCGACACCACCCAUGCGCCAUCCUUCCACAGCUGAGCAGGCUCAACACCAACACCAACACCUUCAGCGUUCCAGUGCACCUGCACCUCCCCCUGCGCCCGCACCAGUGAUUCCUGAGCAAGGUCCACAGCUUCCCGCUAUUAAUGGUGCCGCCGCUGUCUCUGCAGGUGCGAAUAAGCCACCGACUCCAGAGCCUUCCGAUAAGUCCGAGUCCCGAGCAGCCGAGUCAAAUAGCACAGCCACAGCCGCAGUAUCGAGACCGCUUCCUACACUGGGAUCACUCCUCAACGGCGAGAACCAGGAUAAGGAGAACCAGAACAACAGCCGUUCCGGUAGUCGCAGUCCUAACACUGCAACAAGAUUCCCGCGAGACUUGGCACCGGAACGACUUGCUAAGAACAGCACUGCUGCCGAUAGCAGCGCAUUGAACAAGCUUAACAGCGUGUUUGUGCGAUCAUAG